UUUCAGUUCGUAUUAACUGUUGCUCCUAUCGAUUUAAAGACUUAUAAUAAGUUGCUCUUUUUUGCUCUGAAGCAGUAUUGUGUUAUUUAUUUGGAUGGAUCACGCUUUUGAGUAAAUCUCCGCUGGGUGGGGCCUCUUUCCUUGAAGAAUUUGUUAUAAAUCACGGCGAACGGAGGAAAGGAAAAGCGGCGUUUUCUGUCACCGCGUCCUCUUCUACAUUCUGCCCACGUUUGUGCUAUUCCUCCUUGAUCGGUAGCUUUUAAAACGUCUUCAAAAUCAUGGUUUAAACCGUGUUGUGUUGCAUUGGCUUCUUGGUUUAGUUUUAAAGUUUUUAAACGGAAUUUAAAUUGCGAUUCAUUAUGACGUUUGAUUAAUUACGACAGCGCCCAAGGUGGAACACCGUUAAUCCCGGUGUAGUGCACUAUAUUCCCCAAUAUGGAAUACUUUUAAUUUGCUUAACUGAACUAAUGUGGCAGGAUGUUUCCGAAAUGACAUGUACAACACUGAGAAUUGUUGUCUGGAGUCGCUGUAGGUUCUCAGGAUGAUGUCUGAUGCCAGUGAUAUGUUGGCAGCAGCCUUGGAGCAGAUGGAUGGGAUCAUCGCAGGCUCCAAGGCGCUGGAUUACGCCAAUGGCAUUUUCGACUGCCAAUCGCCAACGUCUCCCUACAUGGGCAGUUUGCGUGCACUACACCUGUCAGAGGACCUGCGGGCAUCGCUGGAGAUCAUGGGCUCCGAGGAGCGAGAGAGCCUGCGCUGUCAAAUCCCCAACUCCACCUCUGAGUACCUGAUGGAGUGGCUGCAGGGGCCCCUGACAAACGGACACAUUUCUCUUGGGGGUGAUGUCUACCAGGAGAGACUUGGACGAUUGGAGAGUGACAAAGAGUCGCUGAUCUUGCAGGUGAGUGUGCUGACAGACCAGGUGGAAGCGCAAGGAGAAAAGAUCCGGGACUUGGACCUGUGCCUUGAGGAACACCGGGAAAAGCUCAAUGCAACAGAGGAAAUGCUGCAACAGGAGCUGUUGAGCAGAAACUCUCUGGAGACGCAGAAGUUGGCCCUGAUGGCUGAGGUCUCCAACCUGAACAUGAAGCUCACCACCAUGGGGAAGGACCAGCUGGAAUUUGAUGAUAGGUUCAGGGACAGUGAGGGAUUGAUCCAGGAAAUCAGUGACCUGAGGUACAGAGUGAAAGAAAUGGAGGACGAACGACUCCAGUAUGAGAAAAAACUGAAAUCCACCAAGUCUCUAAUGGCUAAACUCUCUAGCCUGAAAAUCAAAGUUGGGCAGAUACAAUAUGAGAAACAGAGGAAGGACCUCAAAAUCCAAGCCCUGAAGGAUGACCUGGGAGCAUUGAAGAGGCAGCUGGAAAACCGAGACGUAGAGCUGGAGAGACUGCAGGGCGAGGCGCAAUUCCAAUCGAUGGAAAGCAGGGAAGGAGCGGAGAAAGUCUUCCCCACAGAUGAGUCUUAUAAAAAGAAGCUGAAAGAAAAACACUUCGAAGUACAGAAAAUGAAGAAGGCUGUGGAGUCACUGAUGGCGGCGAACGAGGAGAAGGAUCGCAAGAUCGAGGAGCUACGACAGUCGCUAAACCGCUAUAAGAAGGUCCAAGACAUGGUGAUGUCCGUACAGGGAAAGAAAGACAAACUGAAAGACGGGGACAGUGAUGAGACCUACAGUGACAUCUCUGCAUCUCUGAUGGCUUCUGUGGCUGCUGAGCUGGAGAAGCCAUCCUCCCCGGUGUUUGAGGACAUGACCAGAAAAAGCCCAGAUGAGCGAGCACCAUGCCCUGACCUCCUCCAUGGAUCUCCAACCGUGUACAAGGCCUCCUCCGAGACGAACGUAGACAAGGUCCCUGGAGAUGGCAGUACCUUGGCAGUGUCAGUUACCCAGAAAUCUGCAUUGUGCGACAGUUUGCAGUCAGAAAGUAUUGUCAAGGCAGGCAGUGUGGACAACCUGGACAGCGCUGAGAAGAGCAAAAGCAGCGAUGCGGCGGACACCAUCGCCAGCUUGCCGCCCAAGUCCCCCACCCCCGCCGAAGACGAAAGCUUCGGCUCCAGGAAAGCUCGCUCGUCAUUCGGCCGUGGCUUCUUCAAGAUCAAGGGGGGCAAGAGGACGGCCAGCGCCCCGAAUCUGGACCGUGGCCGGAGUGCGAGCGUGCCGACGUUAGCAGAAACAGAGCGGGAGGGGACCGAGCACCUGGACCUAGCAGGAAUGCCUCGUCGGACAGGUGACAGCGACAGCACUAACACCCUGCCUUCCUCGCCGGAGGGCAAGAAGAAAUCCAAGGGGAUCAAGAAGUUCUUCGGAAAGUUGAAGAGAAGUCAGUCCACGACCUUCAACCCCGACGACGACAUGUCCGAGACGGAGUUCAAGCGGGGUGGCGUGAGGUCAACCGCUGGGCCCAGGCUUGGCUGGUCACGUGACCUGCAGAACACCAAAAACGAGUUGGACGCGCCCUUUGCCAGGUGGACGAAAGAGCAGGUGUGCAGCUGGCUGCAGGAGCAGGGCCUGGGCAUGUACGUUCCUCAGGCCAGGCACUGGGUGCUCUCCGGGCAGACUCUACUGCAGGCGUCCCAGCAGGACCUGGAGAAGGAGAUGGGCAUCAAGCACCCCCUCCACAGAAAGAAGCUCCAGCUGGCCCUGCAGUCGCUGGGCUCUGAGGAGGAUGAUAACAAGGGCAAGCUGGACUACACCUGGGUGGCCAUGUGGCUGGAUGACAUCGGCCUGCCGCAGUACAAGACCCAGUUCGACGAGGGCAGGGUGGAUGGGCGCAUGCUGCACUACAUGACUGUGGAUGACCUCCUGUCUCUGAAAGUGGGUAGCGUCCUCCAUCAUCUGAGCAUCAAACGGGCCAUCCAGGUGCUGCGCCUGAACCACUUUGAGCCGAACUGCCUGCGUCGGCGGCCCUCGGAUGAGAACAAUGUGACUCCAGCUGAGAUUUCCCAGUGGACCAAUCACCGGGUGAUGGAGUGGCUGCGCUCUGUGGACCUGGCAGAGUAUGCACCCAACCUGCGGGGGAGUGGCGUCCACGGGGGGCUGAUGGUCUUGGAGCCCCGGUUCAAUGUGGAGACCCUGGCUCUGCUGCUUAACAUUCCACCUAACAAGACCUUGCUGCGGCGUCACCUGGCCACACACUUCAGCCUUCUGAUAGGCCGUGAAGCCCAGCAGACUAAGCAGGAGUGUCUGGAGGGACCUGACUACGUGCUGCUCACUGCGACUGCCAAAGUGAAGCCCCGGAAGCUGACCUUCGGGACCUUCGGUAGGCUACGGAGCAAGAGGCACGAGGAGAGCGAGGAGUACAUCUGCCCCAUGGACUUGGAGAUGCCCAAGGGUAGCAGCUUUCUGAGAGGACACCGGAUCUAUGAUGAUGAGCUGGACCGGCUAGAGCAGAUGGAAGAUUCAGAAGGAACUGUGAGGCAAAUUGGUGCCUUCUCUGAGGGUAUUAAUAACCUGACAAGCAUGCUAAAGGAUGACGAACUCUUUAAGGAGCUGGCAGCGUGCUCACCUGACUCCAGCAUGAUGGAUGAGAACUUGUGAGGGCGUCGCUGUCCCAACGCCGGCAGAGCGCUGUGAACAGGACGGACUGAACCCGCCUGAGCAUGAAAACGUGCCCUUCUACUUUGAGCCACGGCCUUGCAAUGGCUGUACAUCCCAGAAUUGUUAUCGUUGAGCACAAUAGCUAUAAUUUAAAAUCAAACCAUUCACGUGUUCAGUCCUCGAGUAUCCUCAUGCUGUCUGAAUUCGUUUUUUUGAUGACACCUUGUGGAAAGUCUUAAUUUUUCCCUCCUGUUUUCUAAAGGCCGUGUACAUCAGUCACCCUCUCCACCUACUGUUUCUCCUACUGUUUCAGACAAGACACUUUUUUUCUUAGACUGCCUACCAGCUGGUUACUGGAGACUUGUAAUGUGAGAUGUGCUUUUGUUUUUUGCUUAUUUAACGAAGUGACAUUCAUAACUUUUUGUAAGAUGGUUUUUAGCUCUAAAUUCUAGAAGACACUAGGAAAAACAUUGUGAAAAUUCACCAUUGUGUGAAGAGCCAUCAGAUCUGUAGUGCGUGGAAGGUGCCAAUGGUCCUGUAACGUUUCUAACAAAUGUCGAUCUCCAACCUCCUAACAUGCCAAGGGAACCUCUGCUUCAGAGCUGAGUGAAGGGUUUGCUUUGUAAGCUGUAACACAGCAUUAGCCUUAAGUCACUUCCGAAGCACACAAUGGAAAGUGCCAUUAACAUCGUACCCUAGCUGGGGAAUAGCCAGUCUUCUCAAGCCUCUUGCUCUCAGUGCUGUGCUUGUCCCCUGUGCUUUACUUUUUAGUUGCCUUGAGUGGUUACAUGUUACGUUUGUCACUCUAGCGGUUUCCCCACUAUGCAAGAACAGGAACUCAGUUUUGAGUUGUUGCUGUUAAUUAUUAUUGAAGUCUGUGUUUUAAUAUUAAUAUUAUUAGGGUAGUUGUGGUCCAUGUGUAUGUAAUGUUAUUUUAAUGCAUAAUGUGCAUUUAGCAUGUUUUGAAAGAAAGCAAUAAGAUGCUACCCAGCAAUACUUCUAUGCAGAUCCCAUUAACCGUCUAUGUAAAAACCUAUUUCUACCAUAUACUGUGAGGUUUUUAUGCAUUUUUAAAAAGUCAAUAAAAUUAACAGAAUCAAGUGCCUACAGUG